UAGAUUCAGUUACUGAUCAUAAAAUUAAAAAGUAAAAGUAGUUUCAUGUUUCCUCUAUUUCAUAGAUAAAAACACUAAAGAAUUAAACAUUUUUUCGAAAAUUCCACAACCAACCUUUUAAUACAAAAUCAUGACAUCCCAAUUUGCGUUCCUGUCAACGCUUGUCUUGUUCACACUUUGUGCGUCUUGUCAUUGUGCAAGGGUGGACUAUCAUGUGUGGUACACAUCUGAUCCAGUCAAUGGGGACAGAACUUUCAAACAAGUCAGCUUCUCAGACGUCAAUGUGACGUAUUUUAUCGAUAUCAUGGGAGAGGCAGCAAGAGGGGAUGCUAACUAUGCGUAUUCGUUCACUCAAUACCCAUUCGGAAUAUAUAUCAGAGGAAUUGGUGGCUACAUGGAGAAUGUGAACGAAAAUAUUUUUUGGUACCUCUACGAACUGCAAAGCCCUCCAGAUGUUAAUAAUCCACCGAAGGAUAAUGAUCUCGCGAAAAGUGCUGUGAACGACCUUGUUGUUCAUGAUGGAGGAAUUUAUUUGUUUUGGCUACGACCUUGGACUGAUUCGACAAAAAAUUAAAAAAUUUGGAAAGUAUUAAUGGAAAAGGGAGCAAACUAAAUUCGAGAAAUUGGUUCAACACAUUAGUCGAAUGAGGAGAGUAAGUAAAUCAAAUUAUGCAUAUUAUAAAUUAUAAUAUGUACAAUAAUUAUCUGCUUGAGUUUUGUAUGCAAACUAAUUAUGAUCAAUUUUUAUUGAAUAUGAAAUAAAUAUAUCAACAAAA